AUGUUGGGUGACAGAUUUAAGGAGAACGAAGAUGGAGAGGAGGAAAGUGUUCGACACGAGAACACUCAAGCCACUGGAAAGGUGGAAGUAUCUGUUCAAGAUAAGGCGGAGUCGCCCACCAACGAGAAAACUGAAUUGACAAGGAAGGAGAAGGGAUGCAGUUUUAAAACAUUCAAAGGCACCGGGCCAAAGGAAUUUAAGGGAAAAGAGGGCCCAGUUGGCUUGAUGAACUGGAUAACCAAGAUGCAGAGUAGCUUCAAAAUUUGUAGAUGUGCGGAAGAUCAAAAAGUGACUUAUGCUGCUACAACCUUUGUAGACUAUGCAUUGCAUUGGUGGGAGACUGAGUGUGCAAUCAGAGGUGAUGAGGGCAUUGUUGCCAUGACUUGGGAGCAAAUGAAAAAGAUGAUUAUGGAUAAAUACUGCACACAAUCGGAAGUGAACAAGCUAGAAUCAGAAUUUCUGAGGUUAAAGCAAGGCUCGAUGUCGGUUCAAGAAUAUGUUAAUGACUUUCUAGAAAAAGCAAGAUUCGCCAGUUACCAGGUGACUACCGAGGAGAGGAAGAUAGGUCAUUUCAAAGACGGCUUAAGAAUUGAAAUCAAACGGUACGUAGACAUGACUAAGCCGACCACUUUUGUUCAAGCAGUAGAGAUGGYGAAGGUAGCAGAGGAGAACAACGCUAGGGAAAACUAUGAUAGAAGGGAUGCAAAGAGAAGAUGGGAAGGGCCGAACAAGUCCGACAAGAAACCAAAAUGGACUCCGACUAUGGCAAAAACACGAAGCGAGGGAUUCGCUAUUCCCCAAUGCAACAAAUGCAACAAGAGACAUAAGGGAGAGUGCAGAGCGGGGAGCCUGACGUGCUACAAAUGUGACAAAGCUGGGCACACCGCGGGAGAGUGCAGAGCAGGGAGCCUGACGUGCUACAAAUGUGACAAACCUGGGCACACCGCGCAAGAGUGCCCAGAAGGAAAAACUUGUUACGAAUGUGGGGCUACAGGACAUAUACGAACUGACUGUCCAAAAUGUCGGAAUGGUGUGACACCCCACAUGAAGACAGUGAAUAACAGAUUUGGAAAGAGAUCGGAAAAUAGGAAGGAGCUAUCUAAGGGUCACGGCCGAGCUUACACCAUGACUUUAGAGGAGGCCAAGGAAACACCCGACGUCGUAUCUGGUAUGUUCCCUAUCAACAAUGUGUAUGCACAUGUAUUAUUUGAUUCGGGUGCAAAUGGUAGUUUUGUGUCUACCACCUUCUGCCACUAUCUAAAUAGGAGUGCCUAUAGGCUAGACAAAACCUACACUGUAGAAACAGCCGACGGUAGUCAGUGUAAGGUAGACGAAGUAUUUGAUAAAUGCACAAUUGUUAUAAAUGGGAAGGAUUUCCCUGUUAGGCUUAUGCCAUUGUGCUUAGGAGGUUUUGACGUGGUCUUGGGGAUGGAUUGGCUGUCCACCAAUCAUGCGCAAAUAGUAUGCAAUAAGAAUAUGAUCAAGAUUYAGACYYHRGAARGAGAAACAAUUCAUGUUUACGGUGAUCGAAAGAAGUGUUGCGUAGGGUUGAUCAAUGCAAUUAAGGCGAAUAGGUGUCUGCGGAAGGGAUGUGUGGCCUACUUGGCAUACACCAUCGACGCCAAGCUCGAAAAGAAGACAAUACAUGACGUUCCAGUGGUGAGGGAUUACCCAGAAGUAUUCCCGGAUGAAUUAUCGGGGAUACCACCGGAGCGUCAGGUAGAGUUCCGAAUCGAUUUGGUACCAGGUGCGGUACCAAUCGCAAGGGCGCCUUAUCGUUUGGCCCUAACAGAAAUGCAAGAGCUGAUGAAGCAAUUGCAAGAACUCUUAGAUAAAGGAUAUCCACUGCCGAGGAUCGACGACCUUUUCGAUCAGUUGCAAGGAGCUAACUGUUUCUCGAAAAUCGAUUUGACGUCAGGUUACCAUCAGUUGAAGGUUCGAGAAGAGGACGUGUCGAAGACCGCUUUUAGGACACGUUACGGACACUACGAAUUUGUGGUAAUGCUGUUUGGAUUAACAAACGCACCUGCGGCAUUCAUGGACUUGAUGAAUCGAGUUUAUGGACCGUAUUUGGACCAAUUUGUCAUAGUCUUUAUAGACGAUAUUUUGAUCUAUUUAAAGAAUGAGAAGGAGCAUGAACAACAUUUAAGGUUGAUUCUUGAAUUACUAGCAAAGGAGCAAUUGUACGCCAAGUUCUCAAAAUACGAGUUUUGGUUGCAUGAGGUACAAUUUCUCGGUCACGUAGUCAACACGGAAGGGAUCAAGGUGGAUCUCGCUAAGAUUGAUGCAGUGAUGAACUGGGAAUCACUAAAGUCAGUAUCGGAGAUCCGAAGUAAGGCAAAUGUAGUUGCCGAUGCACUUAGUAGGAAGGAGAUAAACGGACCAAUCAGAAUUCGAGCCAUGUGGAUGAGUGUUAAAGUGGAGCUUCUAGACCGAAUACAGGAUGUUCAAAGGGGAGCUUUACUCGAAACGAAUAUCAAAAAGGAGAGAAUGAUUGGACAAAUUAAGACUUUGACAGCUGGACCAGAUGGAAUAUAUAGACAUGGGAAUCGGGUUUAG